CUUAGUAUUAAUACUCAAAUCCAACACUGUACACAGUUAAGAAAAUCUGGAAAACGAAAUAAAAUAAAAUAUACAAUUCAACUAUAGACGUACACGCACAUGAAUUGAUUGAAAAUGGACCCAGAAGAGAAAAAUAACGAUGAGCCCGACCCACUGCCGUUAGUGAAUAGGGAAACAGUUUCGACGCCUGCGAAGACAAUGUCCAAAUUUUAUGCUAAGGAAAGUCUGAUUGGACGUCGAGCACAAACCAUUAGAGUGCCAAAUGAGGAUCAAAGCGGGUCGCUGUUUCGAUUCACGAGCCGCAACGAGCUGGAUACAGAACGACCCAAUUAUGCUAAGGAAUCUCUUUUAAUCUCAGACCAUGACAUCAUGCGUCAUCAACAGGAUGACCACGAUGUGCGCAGUCGGGAGCCGAGCUUUUCAAAAUUCAAGAUACCCUAUGAAAUGAUAUGCGCCCAACGGUAUAAGGAUUCAAGGAAGGCUUACGAGGCACAACUGGAGCAUGAGAUCGAGCAAAAUGUUGAUUUUCAAAGAACUGCAGCCGAUGCCUGUUAUUUUAUGCGCUGCAUAUCGUAUACGACAUUUUGGCCACCAUUGCAUAAUAUGUCCGAGGUGAAACGCGCGAACAAUAAUUUCUUUCAGCUCACCGAAAAGGAGAGAUGGCGCCUGCAGAAUAUUAUGGAUACCGAUUUUACAUGAACGAAAACUCAUUUUGUAUUUUUUUAAGUGCCAGCAAGUACCAAUAAAGAAUGUGCACAAAGGCGAGCAA